AUGAUUACAGUUUUAAUGUUAGCUGAUUUUUCUGCAUUGAUAACUGGCAUUGUCUGGUUUAUACAAAACUAUCAAAGCUGUCCAAUUGAAGAGCCAAAAAAGAUUGUCAUGUGUGCCAUUGUUUCUAAUCUCUGUGUAGAGUUGCUUGUUGUUAUGACAAUGUAUUGCUCGUUCGAUCCAGCUGGAAGAUCGUGGGUGAAAAUGAAGAAAUAUCAACGAUCAAUGAGAGAGUCCGAGUCAAGAUUUAACUAUCGUCGAAGUGGAUCAACAAAUCGUAAUUGGCGACAACGAAAAGUUAUGCGCGCUUAUCAAGACAGUUGGAAUCAACGGUGUAAGUUUCUAUUCUGCUGUAUGGGAUCAUCAGAUCGUACUCGAAACUCCUUCACUGAUAUUGCACGAUUGCUCAGCGAUUUCUUUCGUGAUCUUGACGUCGUACCAAGUGAUGUUGUUGCUGGUUUAGUAUUACUUCGAAAGUUUCAGAAACUUGAACGUGAAGCCAUUAUACGACAGAAGCGGCAUGGAAUUUUCGAAUAUUUAUCGGGUGUUCCUGUCACCGAACGAACUCAGUUCUUAGCUUUAAACGAUUCACACGACUACGAUCUCUUUCAAUCAGUUAUUCAUUACAUGUAUUACGCGAUAUCAGCAUACGGUUGGCCGAUGUAUCUCAUCACUCAUUCAAAGACCGGCGUCUGUGAUUUAUGUCCGAAUCUUAAAUGCUGUUUGCUUUGUUUCGGACGUUCAGAUCGCGCUCAAGUGAUUGAAGACAAUUGUUGUUUAUGUAAUUAUGCGGCACUCAAGCAAAUGGUUGCUGAAGGCGAUGUCGAAGUGAUUUAUGCGACUUAUCAUGUUGACAUCGGUGAAACGCCUUUCUUCGUUGCUGUUGAUUACACAAGGGAAAAGAUUGUCGUAUCGAUUCGAGGAACUUUAUCGAUGAAAGACGUCUUAACAGAUCUUAAUGCUGAAGGUGAGCCAUUACCUUUAAAUCCUCCACGAGAAGAUUGGCUCGGUCACAAGGGUAUGGUGCAGGCUGCUGUUUACAUUAAGAAUAAACUCGAAGAGGAAAAUCUCAUAUUGAAAGCUUUAAAUCAUAAUCCCACUCGUGGGACUCAAAAUUACGGUCUGGUUUUUGUUGGACAUUCCCUUGGUGCGGGCACAGCUUCGAUUCUUGCAAUACUCAUGAGACAAGAAUUUUUGGACCUUCAAUGCUUCAGUUAUUCGCCACCCGGUGGCUUGUUAUCAAUGCCAGCUGUUGAACAUAGUAAAGAGUUUAUUACAUCGGUGGUUGUUGGCAAGGAUGCCGUGCCAAGAAUAGGACUUCAUCAAAUGGAAUCACUUCGUGCUGACCUCAUCAACGCCAUACAACGAAGUAUUGAUCCAAAGUGGAAGACGAUUGCAUGCAACAUGAUUUGCUGUUGCUGUGGACCGGAACCAACUUCUGUUACGAAGAUGAGUGAGCAAGAUUCGAAUGUGAAUGCUUAUCAAGAGCAAAAGGAUGCUUCACGUCAUAGCACCGUCCAUCCAAACGAUAAUUCAAUUGCUUUAAGUCUUCAUCAUCCGCUGUUUCCUCCGGGACGAAUAAUUCACAUCGUUCGUCAUCAUCCAACAAAUGACGAGUAA